AUGUUCCACCUGAACCCAACGCCUCAAGUUUGGCUUGAUCGUAGUUGGCUGAAUUCUAAAAAGACUAAAAAGACUAAAAAGACUAAAAAGACUAAAAAGACUAAAAAGACUAAAAAGACUAAAAAGACUAAAAAGACUAAAAAGACUAAAAAGACUAAAAAGACUAAAAAGACUAAAAAGACUAAAAAGACUAAAAAGACUAAAAAGACUAAAGAGACUAAAAAGACUAAAAGACUAAAAAAGACUAAAAAGAGUAAAAAGAGUAAAAAGACUAAAAAGACUAAAAAGAGUAAAAAGACUAAAAAGACUAAAAAGACUAAAAAGACUAAAAAGACUAAAAAGACUAAAAAGACUAAAAAGACUAAAAAGACUAAAAAGACUAAAAAGACUAAAAAGACUAAAAAGACUAAAAAGACUAAAAAGACUAAAAAGACUAAAAAGACUAAAAAGACUAAAAAGACUAAAAAGACUAAAAAGACUAAAAAGACUAAAAAGACUAAAAAGACUAAAAAGACUAAAAAGACUAAAAAGACUAAAAAGACUAAAAAGACUAAAAAGACUAAAAAGACUAAAAAGACUAAAAAGACUAAAAAGACUAAAAAGACUAAAAAGACUAAAAAGACUAAAAAGACUAAAAAGACUAAAAAGACUAAAAAGACUAAAAAGACUAAAAAGACUAAAAAGACUAAAAAGACUAAAAAGACUAAAAAGACUAAAAAGACUAAAAAGACUAAAAAGACUAAAAAGACUAAAAAGACUAAAAAGACUAAAAAGACUAAAAAGACUAAAAAGACUAAAAAGACUAAAAAGACUAAAAAGACUAAAAAGACUAAAAAGACUAAAGAGACUAAAAAGACUAAAAAGACUAAAAUGACUAAAAAUACUAAAAAGCCUAGAAAGACUAAAAAGACUAGAAAGACUAGAAAGACUAGAAAGACUAAAAACUUGAAAUACUUAAGAGACUAA